AUGUUGCUGCUGGUGCUGUUUGGCCUCCUCCUGCUCUUCUGCAACCUGGAUGUGUGGUACUUCCUGCGGGGGGCCCAAGUAUUCAUCGAGACAUGGUUCCAGACCAGAUUAGAGGACAUACUCGCCGAACAAAGCUUUGACGGCAUAGUCCUCACGCACGAUUUAGACUACUUAGGGCACAUGAACAACUCUCGAUAUCUGCGAGAGUGUGACUUUGCUCGCUUCCACCACUACAUGAGAAAUGGGCUGUUCAUGACCUCACGCAAACUAGGAGCCAAACUGGUCGUAGGUGCCUCAACCAUUCGUUACCGCCGCUCUUUGGUCUUCAGAGAGCUUUUUGAGAUUCGCACCAAGGUGCUAGGGUGGGAUGAGAAGGCUUUUUACUUGGAGCAGCGCUUCGUGUCGAAGAAAGAUAAUUUUGUCUCUGCGGUCAUGCUCUGUAGGCAGAACGUGGUGGGCAGCAGCCCAGAGACGAUUAUUGAAUUCAUCUGCAAAAAGAAGAUCGAGUGCCCAGAGUUUUCAGAGGAGCUCAAACACUGGAUCAGCUUCAUUUCGGCCAGCAGCCAGGCACUGAGAGCAGAAAGUGGACUGGAUCAUAAGAACAAAUGAAGAC